AUGGACGAGAUCGUGAUGCUACAUGGGAUUCCGUCUAGCAUUGUGUCGGAUAGGGAUCCGAGACAAAAGACCUUCGGACUGUUGAGAUAUCCUUCUUGUACUGAACCUGAUGCGGCCAUCCAAGUAGAGGUUCCCGUGGCUACUAGUGGUCCAACUACCCGGAGUGGAGCCAAGGCCAUAAGACUUGGAUUUUCUAAAGCUGUCCAACAAAUCCUUGACCAAGAUGAAGAGCUGUUGAUUGAAGAGAUGGUCCAAUUGAAGAUUCAAGAUCCAGCUGGUCCAAUAGAGAUACCUCCCCAAGCUAAGCCGGUUCUGAGUAAUCCGCCCAAUCCAUUUAAGGUAAGCAGGAGAGACAUGGGAGAUGUCAAUGCUAAUGCUGUUCCAACCCAAGCCGACAUCAACGCACAGCUAAUGGCUGGCCAAGCCCAACUCACGGCCACUAUGAAUGCCGUGACCGAGCAGCUGGCUCGACUGGAACAACACAACCGUCCCAAUGAUCCGCUUCCUAGGAGAAGGAACCAUCCUUACUUGGAAGACCCACGGUUGUUCUCUGAUGAGGACAGUUCAGAUUCUGAACCGCCUGAUCGAGAAGAGUCUCGACCUGCCCAAGCCGGACGAGAAGGUCGACGAGAACAUCGGAUCCAAGGAGAUGGGAGUCCGAUCAGGAGGAGGCGCCGAGAGGAUGAAGUCCCAUGGCAAGGAGGAAAGGACCUCAAGCUUAACCCACCAACCUUUGCUGGAAAGGUCAAUCCGGACGCCUACGUUGAAUGGGAGAGGCGCAUGGAAUACAUCUUCGAGUACUACAACUACUCUGAGGCCAGGAAGAUAGCCUUAGCCGCGGCCCAACUGACCGAGAACGCUCUAUCUUGGUGGGACAGAGAAGUGUCCGAGACCGGCCGAGUCUAUAGAGUUGAGACUUGGGAAGAGAUGCGAUCCAAGCUUCGCACAAGGUAUGUUCCUGCUUAUUAUCAACGAAACUUAAAAAAACGUUUUCGUAAAUUGUCUCAGGGAACGCGGACUGUAGAAGAGUACUAUGAGGAGUUUGAGUCCCUCAGGAACAAGCUCAAGACAUGCGAGACGCAAGAGACCUUGAUGGCUCAGUUCAUGGAUGGGUUGCAAGACCGAAUUGCCCGAAAGUGGAGCGCCAGCAGUAUGAGACCUUCCACGACCUGCUUCACUUUGCCGUCCAGGCCGAACAACACAUCAAAAGGAAGAACGCGUCCACAGCCAGAGGCAAAGGAACUUGGACGCAACCGGCUUCCAAAGGAGUUGACAAGGGCAAGUCCGUGGAUGUGGAGAACCGGUUCAAGAAAAAUCAGACCGAACCAUCCAAGUCUGGUCCAUCCGACCAAGGGAAAGGGACACUAUGCCAGAGAUUGCCCCAACAAGCGUGUGAUGAUCCUCAAGGCUGAUGGUGAGUAUGAAUCCCAAGACGAGGCCGAAGUUCAGACCUUGGUUUCUGAUGAAGAGGUAGUCGAUUAUGCUGAGACCGGAGAACUACUGGUUACCAGACGAUCUCUCAGUGCUCUCUUCGAUCCUGAAACCGUUCAAAGAAAAAACAUCUUUCAUACAAGAUGUAGCGUGGAACAAAAGGUAUGUAGCUUGAUCAUAGAUGGUGGUUCUUGUACUAACGUGGCCAGCAAGUAUCUUGUUGAUAAGCUAGGUUUGGCCAAGACGCCCCAUCCGCGGCCAUAUCGGCUCAAGUGGCUAAAUUAUGAGACUGAGCUCAGGAUAGCCGAGCAAGUGGUUGUGUCUUUCAGUAUUGGUAAAUACCAUGAUCAGGUCAAGUGUGACGUUGUGCCUAUGCAAGCCGGCCACAUACUUCUAGGACGGCCAUGGCAGUUCGAUAAGGAGACCAUUCAUCAUGGCCGGACCAAUGUCUAUAGCUUCAGCCACAACAACAAGAAGCACAGCCUAGCACCUAUAAGUCCUCAAGAGGUUUAUGAGAUGCAGCAAGCAAUGGAUCAUGCCAGCAAGGUUCUGCUAAUGGUCUUUAGAGAAAGCUGUUUUGCAGGGAUUGAGGCCACGGAGUUACCAGCCGAGGUACAAGGCCUCAUGGAACAAUACAAAGACGUCUUUCCUGAUGAGAUCCCAGCCGGCCUACCUCCUAUCCGAGGCAUAGAACAUCAGAUCGAUUUUGUGCCAGGCGCACCCUUGCCAAACCGAGCGGCCUACCGAGUUAAUCCAGAAGAAGCCAAGGAGUUGGAGAGACAGAUCCAAGACCUCAUGGAUAAGGGUUACAUCCGGGAGAGUCUUAGUCCGUGUGCUGUUCUGAUUGAUCUCAGGAGUGGAUACCACCAAGUUCGAAUGAAGGAGGGAGAUGAGUGGAAGACAGCCUUCAAGACCAAGCAAGGUCUAUACGAAUGGCUGGUCAUGCCGUUUGGCCUCACCAACUCCCCCAGCACCUUCAUGAGACUCAUGAACCAGGUUCUUCGACCUUUCAUAGGCCGCUGCUUAGAUGACCACCUUAGACACCUUGAACAAGUGAUCAAAGUUCUUAGGCAAGAAGGCCUUUAUGCCAACUUAAAGAAAUGUGUGUUUUGCACUGAUGAAUUGGUAGUUUUAGGUUUUGUUGUUAGUUCACAGGGCCUGAAGGUAGAUGAAGAGAAGAUCAAGGCGAUCCAAGACUGGCCUACACCUACCACCAUUGGCCAUGUUCGCAGUUUCCACGGCCUGGCCAGUUUCUAUCGGCGGUUUGUCAAGGAUUUCAGCACCAUAGCCGCUGCCUUGACCUCUGUGAUCAAGAAGAACGUAUCCUUUAGUUGGGGACCAGCCCAAGAAGAGUCUUUUAACAAGCUUAAAUAUAGUUUAACUCAUGCACCAGUCCUUACUCUGCCUAACUUCGAUAAAACUUUUGAGAUUGAAUGUGAUGCUUCAGGUACAGAUCAUGAGACGCUUAAACACCUAAGAGGACAGACCACACUCAAGAGGAGGCACGCCAGAUGGUUGGAGUUUGUGGAGACUUUUCCUUAUGUGAUUAAGUAUAAGAAGGGCAAAGACAAUGUGGUGGCUGAUGCCCUAUCCCGAAGACAUACUCUUAUCUCGACCAUGGAAGCUAAGAUCAUGGGAUUGGAAUUCAUUAAAUAUUCUUAUGCUACUGACCUUGAUUUUCAAGAAGCUUUCAGGAACACCACACAGGGAGCAUUCGGUGUUUAUUACGAGCAUGAAGGUUUUUUGUUCAAAGAAAAGAAGUUAUGCAUUCCCAAAGGCUCGAUGAGGGAAUUGCUGGUUCGGGAGGCUCAUGAUGGCGGCCUCAUGGGACAUUUUGGCCAAGACAAGACCCUAAGUGUCCUGACCGACCAUUUCUUUUGGUCGAACAUGAAACGAGAUGUGGAGAACCUAUGCGCCAAAUGCACUGUCUGUCUCAAGGCAAAAUCCAGGUCACAUCCAUAUGGUUUACACAUGCCAUUACCUAUUCCUAACCACCCUUGGCCUGAGACGCCUUUAGACAUGUCCGAACUGCCAAAGUCUAUGUUCCACAGCCGAGAAGGUGCCACUAAGGCCGAGUUCGUUAAGAACAUGCAUUGGAGGGUUCGAGAGAAGUUAGAGGCAAAGGCGGCCAAGGUCAAAGCCCGUCUCGACCAAAAGAGAAAGGAGGUGUUGUUUGAACCAGGCGACUUAGUGUGGUUACACAUGAGGCCAGAGCGUUUUCCAGAAGAAAGGAAGUCCGAACUGUCACCCCGAGGCACUGGGCCGUUCCGGGUCCUUGAGAAGAUCAAUGACAAUGCUUACAAGCUUGAGCUUUCAGAGGUUCCCGUGGUUACUAGUGGUCCAACUACCCGGAGUGGAGCCAAGGCCAUAAGACUUGGAUUUUCUAAAGCUGUCCAACAAAUCCUUGACCAAGAUGAAGAGCUGUUGAUUGAAGAGAUGGUCCAAUUGAAGAUUCAAGAUCCAGCUGGUCUAAUAGAGGUUCAAGAUCAAGCCGGUUCCCUCCAAUUCAGAUCACUCGGCCAGAACCAAACUGGCCUAACCAUCUCUACAUGUGAUCUCGGUUCAGAUACCUCCCCAAGCUCAGCCGGUUCUGAGUAA